UAGGACCUAGAGCUGUCAACUGACAUGGCGCUUUCUCCGUAGUAACCGGGUAGGCUGGACCGCGCCGCGUCAGGACCGGAGCAAAUAAUACUAAAGCUGCAAACCUGGAAGUGUGUUUGAUGACACUGAUCUCAGAACAUUUUUUUGUGUGUGAAAGAGAAAAAAAAAACCUCGGAAGUGACGUCGCGGCCCAACAAGCCCGAGCCUGCGGGCCUGUGCGGACUCGGGCGGCGCGCGGGAAGGCCGGGCUCGCUCUCUGCCGUCGCCGGUGGCCGCGAGGCCGCCCUGGCCCGCCCUGCGCGCCUCCCUUCCGCGACCCCAGCAUCCGCCGGCCGCCUCCGAGCGAGCUUCCUCCUCCGGCCACACCGGGGAACAGGUGGCCGGUGGCGACAGGGCACACUUCCCAUCUGCAGGUCCCCACUUGAGCGAGCUCCUGCUGGGGACGCCGGGACACCUGUCGCCGGUUUUUUAAUAUCCAAAUUAAAGAAGACACUGGAUAAAGAUUUUAUAAAUCAAGAAAUAAAACAGAAAUGUUUUAAUUAUUGAAACCAUAGUCAAAAUCAUGGCUUCAUCAGCAAAUCUGGACCUUGGAGCCCAGCUGAUAGUGGAGGAGUGUCCCAGCAGUUAUAGUCUGCCUGGCAUGCCAGACAUUAAGAUAGAACAUCCACUGGACCUGAAUUCAGAAGAAGGAUCUUCUCAAGGGGUUGCCAUGGAAAUGAAAUUCAUUCUGCCCAAUCGAUUUGAUAUGAAUGUGUGUUCUCGAUUUGUGAAGUCCCUGAAUGAAGAAGACAGUAAAAAUAUUCAAGAUCAGGUUAACUCUGACCUGGAGGUGGCAUCUGUCCUAUUUAAAGCUGAAUGCAAUAUCCAUACUUCUCCUUCUCCUGGAAUCCAAGUAAGACAUGUCUACACUCCCUCUACAACAAAGCAUUUCUCACCCAUUAAACAGUCAACUACUUUAACCAACAAACACAGAGGAAAUGAGGUAUCUACCACGCCUCUUUUAGCAAACUCUCUGUCUGUGCACCAGUUGGCAGCUCAGGGAGAGAUGCUUUAUCUGGCUACUCGGAUUGAACAAGAAAAUGUUAUCAAUCACACGGAUGAAGAAGGAUUUACUCCUCUGAUGUGGGCUGCAGCACACGGGCAAAUAGCUGUGGUAGAGUUUCUACUUCAGAAUGGUGCUGAUCCCCAACUUUUAGGAAAAGGUCGAGAAAGUGCGCUGUCCUUGGCAUGUAGUAAAGGCUACACAGACAUUGUCAAAAUGCUGCUCGAUUGUGGAGUUGAUGUAAAUGAGUAUGACUGGAAUGGAGGGACACCUUUGCUUUAUGCUGUACACGGAAACCAUGUGAAAUGUGUAAAAAUGCUCUUAGAAAAUGGUGCAGACCCAACAAUUGAAACUGACUCUGGGUAUAAUUCUAUGGAUUUAGCUGUAGCCUUGGGCUACAGAAGUGUUCAACAGGUUAUUGAGUCACAUUUGCUGAAACUACUUCAGAAUAUUAAGGAAUGACCCAGUCCUCAGAAAUGCUGUCGGCCCUUCUGCUCCCUUCUUGGUCUUUAUAAAUGAUAGUUUUGUUUACUUAUAAAUUUUUACCUCAGUUGCAAUACUUUCUGAUUUUUUAGUAAGUUUUUAUUCCUCUUGGUAAUUCACUGGUUUAUUAAAAAAUUAAUGGCAAUUUUUUAUAAAUGUGUUUUAUUGUAUAUUUAAAGUUAUAAAUUAAUGUUUUAUGGCAUGUAAAUUUUUAUUGUACAGAUAGUUAUCUGUCUUUGUACAAUCUCUGUAAUUCGACACUUUCAUAUAUGUUCUGCCCUGCUCAGCCUUACUCUUGUAUUUCCAUUGAGUCUAUGUAGGAUUGGUUAUAAAUCCAUAGGGAAAAAAGUGUUACUGUUGAAUUAAAAAGUGCACAGUGUACUUGUUUACAAAAUGAUGUUAUAAAUAAAGCUUUGUCAGUUUGCA